CUCGGCAGCGCCGGGCCGCGGCCGGGGGCCGCCUGAGCGCGGUCCGCCGGGAGAGGCCGCGGAGCAGCCCCCGCCGCGGGGCCCAUCAGGCGGCGGGCGGGGGACGGCGGCGGGGCGGAGCCGGGUGGGUGGCGGGCCCGGCUGGCGAGCGGGUCAUGGCGGCCGGGGCCGGGGAGGCGGCGCGGAGCCAGGUCUCCUUGCAGCGCUGGCUGCAGAGCUCGCAGGAGGCGCAGCAGCGCCAAGCGGUGCUGGUGCGGAAGCUGCAGGCGAAGGUACUGCAGUACCGGACUCGGUGUCGAGAGUUGGAGCAGCAAGUGCAAGCAGGAGGGGGAUCCCUUCCAGGCAGGUGGGAAGCCACAGAAGACCACAGCCUGGAGAAAGCACUGCUUCAGUUGGAAGAGGAGCAGCAGAGGUGUGAGAAUCUGGCAGAAGUGAACACUCUCCUGCGGGAGCACCUCGAUAAAGCGAAUGAGGUUAAUUCAGCCCUCAAGGAAGAUGUUGGGAAACUGACGGCAGAUUGGAUGAGGGCCCGGGAGGAGCUGGAAUUGAAGGAGAGCGAAUGGCGCAAUGAAUGUGAGCUUUAUGACAGCUACUUAAGGGGUGAACGUAACCGCCUACUCAGCCUGUGGCGUCAGGUGGUGACCUUCCGCCGUCACUUCCUGGAGAUGAAGACUGCCACUGACCGAGAUUUGUCAGAGCUGAAGGCUGAGCAAAUGAGGCUUUCUGGAUCUAUACUUGUAAACUGCUCCCGCCUAAAGUCUGGCAUGCAGCUCCGGGAGUCUGUCACUCUGGGUAGACCUGUCCUAAAGGAUCAGGCGCAGCAGCAAGCGGACCAGGAAAGAAGCCAGAAGACUUGGGAAGUCAAAGAGGACCAGGAGAAGAAGGAGCUUCAAGACAGGGUGAUGGAGCUCUCAGCCUUGCUUGUACAGUCUCAGAAGCAGAAUGAGGAGAAGGAGAAGACCAUGAAAACACUUAACGACACUGUGGAGAUUCUAGAAGCAAGUCGGUUAGAGAAAGAAUAUGAAGCUUCAUUGACUAAAAGUGCCAAAGAAGAGAAUCUUUCCCUCCAAAAGCUGAUAAAAGAUAUAACUGAGGUGGUGUUAGAUGACAGUGACAGCAUGGUCAGUAUUACCCGCACUGACAGCUCCCAGCACACAGAGUCUAGCAACAUCCUCUCCUGUCUGAGCUCCGUUGAUGCAGAGCAUACCUUUGUAUUGAUCCAGGAAGCACUGGCAAGGAGGCGAGGAGCAACACAGGCCCUAAAAGAAGAGCUUUCUGCCAGGCAGGACUCUAUCGAUUUCCUGCAGCAGCAGCACAGACAGCAGGAACAGAAGUGCAGGAAGCUGCAGCAAAGGCUCGAGCAACUGGAGGAGGAAUGCAAGAUGUCCAGCAGCCACCGGCAGCACCUCCAGUCUCUGGUAGAAGCACUCAGCAGUGACUGUGCAAACCUUGAGAAAACCAGGGAAGACCUACAGCAACAGCUUGAAGUAAUGGAGCAAGAAGCCUCAUGUCUGCGUCAAAGUAACACUGAACUGCAGCUGAAGGAAGAUACAGCCCAGGGGGAAAAGUUGGAGCAGCAAGAGAUGAUGGAGAGAGCGCGUCGUGACCAGGAGCUCCUACUGAAGGACUUAGCUGCACUUGAAGGAAAACAUUCAUUGUUACAGAGUGAGUUGGUAGUCGCAAGAGAAACACUAGAAGAAUCACGUCUUCAGACAGAUCUGCUGAAGCAAGAGAAACAGGAGCUUGCAAUGGCACUGGAAAAGGCAGAGCAGUCAGUAGCAGAGCUGACAGGGGCUCAGAAUAAGUUGAGCGCUGAAGUAGCCGAUCUACGUGUUGCAACAGCGAACAUGAGCGGUAUCAAUGAAGCUCUUGCAUUGGAUAAAGUGCAGUUGAACAAACUUGUGCUGCAGCUGGAGCAAGAGAGUGAAGUUCUGUCAGGUAAAGUGGCCGAGAUGGAGAGAGCAAGGAUCUCUGACCAGGAGGGGCUGAACUUGUGUGAAAGAACAAACAAAGAGCUCUGCGCAGAGAAAGCCCACCUGGAGCAGCUGCUGAAGAAAGCAGAGGAGCACCAGGAGGGGCUGCGUGUAGAACUGACGAUACUGGCAGAGGAGAAGGAAGAAACCCAAGAGAAGCUCAGUCAGGUUUACCGCCAGCAAGAGUCAUCUAGCAGUGGUCUGGAGCAGUUGCGCCAGGAGUCCUCUCGCCAAGGGCAUGCACUGGCCAGGGUGUCCAAAGAGAAGGAGUUGCUGGUGCGUGAGAAGGCUGCCCUAGAGGUGCGACUGGCAGCCGUGGAGCGGGACAGACAAGGCCUUUCAGAGCAGCUGGCAGAGACCAGGUCAGCGAAGGAGACCCUGGAAUCCAGCCUGUUUGAGGCUCAGCAGCACUCAUCUCAGCUGGAGAUCUCCCGGCAUCAGCUUGAAAUCCAACUUCACACAGUCGCGCAGGCCAAGGAGGUGAUCCAAGGGGAAGUGAAGUGCCUUCAAUGUGAGCUGGAAGCGGAGAGAUCUCUAAGGAGGCAGGAACGGGAGCACAUGGCACAACGGCUCUUGCAGACAGAACAACAGUAUGAGACUACCCUCAGACUUCGGCAAACUGAUCAUGAAGCGGAAAUGAACAAGCUCCUGCAAGACCUGGCAAGCGAGCGGGAAGGGCACCAUUCAGAGCUAGAGGAGAUGCUGGAGCAAUGGAAAAAAGAGAAGACAGAGACAGAAGGGGAGCACGAGAAGAAGCUGUUUGAUAUGAAGCAGAAAGUUGCUACCAUGCAAGCUCAACAAGAAGAGGAACGAAUCAGAGUUGAAAAUGCCAAGCAAGAGGUCCUGCUAGAAAAGGAGAGUGAGAAGGAUGCUUUGUUAGAGACGCUGCUCCAAACUCGGGGAGAGCUAAGAGAAGCCUGCCAGCAGCUGGAGCAGCUCAGGCAGGAGGUGGAAGAGCAGCGAGAGAAUGGGCAGAACAUCACGGAAAAGCUGCAGGCAGAACUGCAGGAAGGUCAGAGUAAGAUCGAGGCUGUGGAGAAUAGGCACAAGGAAGAAAUUAAAACCAUCAAAGAGGAAAUGAACAGCCUUCUUCAGCAGAGGGAUGCUCUACAAAAACAGGUGGAAGAGCUGACAUCUCAGCUAGCAGCCUCCGAAGAGUCCCAGCAAAUGAUUGGCCACAAAGCUCAGCAAGAUCUGAGUGAGGCACAGGAACUGUCAAGGCAGAAGGUGCUGGAGGUUAUACACCUCCAGAAGAUCCUGGAGGAGAAGAGGAAACAAUGGGAGGAGGUAGAAAAUCAGAACAAGGAGCUGCAAGUGUGUCUGCAGUCCUUGGAGGGGGAAAGGAGUCAUUGGGAAGAAGUGGAGCAUCAUAACACAGAAUUUCAGGCUUCGCUGAAGGUCCUAGAGAGUGAAAAAGCCAGGCUGACUCUGUCUCUGGAAGAGAAGGAACUGAGCCUCAGAACCCUGGAAGAAAACAACCUUGCCCAGCACAACGAGGUGUCUCAGCUUCUUUCUGCUCUUCACCAGGCCCAGCAGCUCCAUUCAGACCACAGAAGAGAAAUACAAGAGCUCAACAACCAGAUACAGUCGCUGCAGGACGUAGUGCUGGAGAAGGAGGCUGGCCUGGCAGCUCGAGAGAAGCAGCUGCUACAGGAGCUGGAGGAGUCCCGCACAGACGAACGCUGCUUGAGGGACUCUCUGUGCGCGCUGGAGGCUGAGAUGUCUGAACUGCGUUUGAGGCUUUGUAGCGCAGAGAACAGAGCAAAGGCGUUGGCCAUCGAGUGUCAGCAGGCUAACAGUGCCCACGGUGAAGCCCAAUCCCAGCUGGACAAACUGCACUUGGUUCUCCACCGCAUGAUCUGUGACAGCAGAGACUCUGUCACUUUGAGUUCAGAACAGGGUCAUGUCUGGGGCCUGACUGUUUCUCAGGCCAGGGACCUCCCUGCAGAGCUCACAGUGGACAGAGUGGCAGCAGCCCUACAAGACCUGCAUCAGCACUUGAAGCAGACUCAGCAAGAUCUGAAUGAUGCAAGGAAGAAGAUACAGGGCUUGGAGCUGGAGUUGAGCAAGAGGCAAGAUGAGAGGGACCAUUUCAGUGCCCACAAUCACGAGCUGCAGAAACAGUUGGCUCAAAGCCAGGAAGAGAGACAGAUGGCAGAGCACAAGAACAGCUCUCUACAGGCUGCCUUCCAGGAAGAGGCCGCUGCUCUAAAGGAGGAGGCUAUGACUCUGCAUCAAGAGGUGGCGUCUUUGGAAAGGAAACUCGAGACCACUGAGAAACAAAGACAGGAUGUCCUGCAUGAACGGGACAGGCUGCAAGCACUUAAAGAAAAACUGGUAUGGGAGAUAAAACUUCUUCAGGAAUCAGUCACAGCCUCUGAAACCCGAGCAAAUACAGCGACAGAUAUGAAUCACUCCCUUGAACAAGAACUCCAAACUACAUUGUCUAUCUUAAAAAUGAAAAAUGAGGAAGUGGAAACGCAGUGGGAGAAAAUCCAGACACUAAAGAAAGAGGCAGCAGAGGUAAAAGCUUUGCAGGAGAAUCUCACUCGUAUGACUGCCAUCCUGUCAGAGAGGGAGGAAGAGACGAAGUUAUACCAGGAACAGAUGGGAAUGCUGGAAAAGCAGAAAGAAAUGCAUAAAACUACUCUUGAUCGGGUUAUUAAGGACAUAACAGAGAAAAAACAGAAGACAGAAUCCCAGCAAGAACACAUACAGGAGCUGGAGAAGCAGCAAGAAAAACAAAGAAUUGCGGUAAACAAAAUGAGCAAAGAGCUGGAAGAGAGAGACCAGGAGAUCAGAGCCCAGCAAGAAGAGAUACAGGAGCUGGAGAAGCAGCGAGAAAUACAGAGGACUGCUGUGAGCAAGAUGAGCAAAGAGCUGGAAGAGAGAGACCAGGAGAUCAGAGCCCAGCAAGAAGAGAUACAGGAGCUGGAGAAGCAGCGAGAAAUACAGAGGACUGCUGUGAGCAAGAUGAGCAAAGAGCUGGAGGAGAGGGACCAGGAGAUCAGAGCCCAGCAAGAAGAGAUACAGGAGCUGGAGAAGCAGCGACAAAUACAGAGGACUGCUGUGAGCAAGAUGAGCAAAGAGCUGGAGGAGAGGGACCAGGAGAUCAGAGCCCAGCAAGAAGAGAUACAGGAGCUAGAGAAGCAGCAAGAAAUACAGAGGACUGCUGUGAGCAAGAUGAGCAAAGAGCUGGAAGAGAGGGACCAGGAGAUCAGAGCCCAGCAAGAAGAGAUACAGGAGCUGGAGAAGCAGCGACAAAUACAGAGGACUGCUGUGAGCAAGAUGAGCAAAGAGCUGGAGGAGAGGGACCAGGAGAUCAGAGCCCAGCAAGAAGAGAUACAGGAGCUGGAGAAGCAGCGACAAAUACAGAGGACUGCUGUGAGCAAGAUGAGCAAAGAGCUGGAGGAGAGGGACCAGGAGAUCAGAGCCCAGCAAGAAGAGAUACAGGAGCUGGAGAAGCAGCGAGAAAUACAGAGGACUGCUAUCAGCAAGAUGAGCAAAGAGCUGGAGGAGAGGGACCAGGAGAUCAGAGCCCAGCAAGAAGAGAUACAGGAGCUGGAGAAACAGCGACAAAUGCAGAGGACUGCUAUCAGCAAGAUGAGCAAAGAGCUGGAGGAGAGGGACCAGGAGAUCAGAGCCCAGCAUGAACAGAUACAGGAGCUGGAGAAGCAGCGAGAAAUACAGAGGACUGCUGUGAGCAAGAUGAGCAAAGAGCUGGAGGAGAGGGACCAGGAGAUCAGAGCCCAGCAAGAACAGAUACAGGAGCUGGAGAAGCAGCAAGAAUUGCAAAGGACUGCUGUGAGCAAGAUGAGCAAAGAGCUGGAGGAGAGGGACCAGGAGAUUGGAUCCCAGCAUGAACAGAUACAGGAGCUGGAGAAGCAGCGACAAAUGCAGAGGACUGCUGUGAGCAAGAUGAGCAAAGAGCUGGAGGAGAGGGACCAGGAGAUCAAAUUCCAGAAGGGGAAGAUAAUGAUUCUAGAACAACAUGGUACAUCACAAGUGAGAAAUCUGGUCGUGGAUCUUGAUUGUCUGAGAGGAAACUUGGAGGAGAGAAACUUGGAGCUUAUGUCUCUGACUCAGCAGAUCCAAGAACUGGAAAGGGAGAGAGAACAGGUGAAAUCUCUGCACGCAAGCCUCGAACACCUGAGGGCAGCUCUUAAGGACAGAGAGAGCGAGUGUGAUUCUCAAAGGCAUCAGUUAAGACUCUUGCAGCAGUACAAGGAACAGCAAGAGGGGUACCUGCAAGAGCUUCACGGUAAAGUAGAAAAGAUGACACUUGCUUUGUCUCAAAAAGAUCAAGAGCUUGAGUCACAAGAAAAGCAAAUCCAGGAAGCUGAAGAAGUCAUGGAAAUGCAGUUAAGGACUGUCCGUGACCAACUGGAGCAGGCCUUAGAAGCCUUAAAAGAAAAGGACAGACUCAUAGACACCCAAAAGCAACAAACAAGGAGCUACGAGGAAAAAACAGAAGAACAGCUGAAGGUCUUACGCAGAGACUUAGAAUACACUAUGGCAAUACUGAAAGAAAAGGAUUUCAUGAUUGAAUCUCAGAAGGAACUGAUUGCGACCUUCCAAAAAGCAGAACAAGACUCUGGAGAGCAGAAGGAAAUUCUGCAGCAUCUGGAAGAGGCCCUAAAGGAGAAAGAACAAGAAAUUGUAUCCCUUAGAAAGCCAUGUGAGGCAUGCAAGGAACAGGAGGAAAAGCAUGAAGCUGAGCAAACAAAUCUGCAAGCAAUAAAACUGACUCUGAAAGAAAGAGAAAAAAAGAUAGGGGUUCUGGAGGAGGCUAUUUCUCAGCUUCAACAGCAAAAGGAGGAGGCAGUGAUGCAGACUAAAGCUGUGCUGCAAAAACUGGAAUAUGCUGAAUCUUCUCUAGAAGCUAGAGAUCAACAGAUAGUGUCUUUGCAAGAGCAUGUCCAGCACCUUCGAGAGCAGAAGGAGUUAGAAGGCAAGCGGGCCAAGAGUCUAGAGCAGGAUCUAGACAAAAUGAGCCAAAUACUGAAGGAGAACCAUUUGGAGUUCCUCAGGCAGACAGAGCAAAUGAACAUGUCCCAGCUUUGUGACAAAAGCAUGGAAGCAGCACUAACAUCGUGCCAGAAGCAAGUGAAUCUGCUUGAGGAAGUGGUGAGGAAGAGAGAUGAAGACAAUAAAACUCUUAUGCAAAAACUCCAGCACCAAGAAGAACUGAAGACCUUGCAAAAUCUCCAGCUUAGGCUAACUGAGAAGGAUGAAGAGGUCAGACAUCACAGAGAGCAAGAGAAGCUCCUGGAAGAAGCCUUGCCUGAGAGGGAACGAGAGACCAAGGCUCAAGGUGAGCAAAAAGAAGAGGAAAUAAGAGGUCUUCGUGAAGAUCUCCAGCAUGUUCAGCAGACUCUGACAAAGAAGGAUGAAGAGAUCAAGUACCAGAGAGACAGAGUCAGGUAUUUAGAGAAGACUCUGACAGGGAGAGAACAAGAGCUUAGGAAGCAGAGUGAACUCCUGAAACAAUUAACGUCAGCUUUGAGAUGGAAAGAUGAAGGGGAGACCCUAAAGAAACAAAUUCAGAAACUCCAGAAAUGGGAGGAAGAGGAAGCCGAGAAGAGGAGGGUUCUCCAGGAGAGAGACCGUUCCUUGCAAAGGCAGAAGGAGCUAACCCAACAACUGGAAGAUGAGCGGAAAGCAAAGGGGGAAGAAUUGGAGCGUGUGAUUGCUAUUUUGAAGCAGACUGAAAGCAGAGAAAUUGAAUGGAAAGAGAAGGCACAAGCACUGACUCUUGCCCUGACCAAGAGUGAAAUGGCCAAUGGGACUCUGAGGGGAGAAAUAGCCGUCCUGCAGAGUAUGGUUUCAGAGAGGGACACGGACCGGUUUCAUCAUGAGCAGGCUACUGCAGAAGGGGAGCAGCUCCCCUGGCUCUCGGAGAAGAGACUCCUGUCACAGCGGCUGGAACGUCUGCAGCGAGCAGUUGCAAAGCUGGAACUUGAGAAGACAGAGCUGAAGCAACUCAAUGCUGAGCUCAGGAGGACUCUUGAGCAGGUGGAACGUGAACGGAGGAGACUGAAGAGAGAUUAUGGUAGUCGGUCGCUGCCAGAUGCGUGCGGCUUUUCUCUCUCUGACCAGCACAAGGUGCCUGCUUCUCGACAGGAGGAGCCUCACACUUGCUGCAGUCGAUUAGCUGAGUUGCAGAAGCAGGUGUCCCUUCUGCAGACGCAGCUGGCACAGGAACGAAAAUACAAGCAGGACUAUAUCGAGUGCUGUGCAAAGACCAGCCAGGAGCUGUCAGACCUUCACCAAGAGCUGUCCUACUCCUUAGCAGCUGUGGUCAGGGAGCCCAAAGCUGCUGUUCUGGAGGCAGAGACCCGGAAGCUGGAUCGGUCUCUGAACCUCAACUUGGCACUAAUAUCUCUGGACCAUCGAUCUCCUGAGAGACAGCCAUUGCAUUCAACAGCCAGAUCCGCCAGAAGUGAUGACCUGAGGUAGCAGGACCGGUGUACAGCAAACGGCCUCAGGAGGAACCAAGUUGGGGACCUGCUGUAGCAGGUGAACUGUGGCAGGGGGCUUGGUUCAAGGCAGGAGUCCCAACAUAAGAUAAAAGUUCAGAGCACAGUGGUCACUGCAGGUUCUCCAGCAGAAGCAGUGGUGGGACAAAACUGGUGCUUGCUUUGUGUGGAUGGGGUCAGUCAUAGGCCUGGAAAAGCAGGAUGAACCUGAUGAGCAGGUAAAAUUUCUUCCUUUUCCACAGCACUCCGUCACAGCAUGCCUUGUCAGUCUCCACACAGCCCUCCACGUUAGGUUGUUCCUCUCGGUCUCUGUACUGUAUACAGAGACCUUUUCUCUGGUUUUAUUUUUUCAGUACACUUAUUUCUCCAAAACACUACACAGUCCCUGAGCAGAAGUCUUGCAAUGAUGUUCUGUUGCUCCUCUGCUUUCUUCAGCAGCUGCUCCAGGUGGGCUUUCUCUGCGCAGAGCUCUUUGUUUGUUCUUUCACACAAGUUCAGCCCCUCCUGGUCAGAGAUCCUUGCUCUCUCCAUCUCGGCCACUUUACCUGACAGAACUUCACUCUCUUGCUCCAGCUACAAUCACAGAAGGACAGAGGAAAUAAAAUACAGUAAGAUUUACUACGAAGAAGGUUUGGCUUGGGCAGAAAAAGGAACACCAUUUCCAUAGUCAGUCAGUCAUGCUGUCGGAAGGCAAGAAGUCUGAGAAGAAGCCCCAGCUGGAGAUGAAUGCCUGGCAAGAUCUUUGGCAACUCUGCUCACCUGCAGCACAAGUUUGUUCAACUGCACUUUAUCCAAUGCAAGAGCUUCAUUGAUACCGCUCAUGUUCGCUGUUGCAACAUGUAGAUCGGCUACUUCAGCGCUCAAUUUAUUCUGAGCCCCUGUCAGCUCUGCUACUGACUGCUCUGCCUGAAGAGACAGAAGAGAACAUUCCUCAACUCAGGUCACAGAAACUGAAUAGCAACAUAUGCUAAAACAUCUGAUAAUGAUGAAAACUAAGGUAAAAUAUGAACAAAGUCUAUGCUGCAGCAGUACCUCUAGUAAUAAAGUGCUCAGCUUCCGGUGGUCAGCUGAGAAGAGCAUAGCAUCUCCUUACUCAGGAACCAGCCAGGAGGGAAAGCACAGUAGAAGUGUUAUCUUUUCUAGAUACAAUGGGGGUUAAACUUUAUCAGCUCUUGGGGGCGAAACUUUAUCAACUCUUGAGUCUUCCAGUUAGGUAUACUGGAAAUGGGAAUAUGGAUGGAUGGACAGAUAAGAAUUGAAUUAACCCAGCAGAGCCAGACAUUUUGCUUCAGUUCUCUAAAGACAGAAAAACACCCUCCCUCAAUUUCCAAAUUACAUUUCUUUCCGGGCCUGGGGAUUAUGAGAAACCAGAAGGAAUGCAAAGCUGUCUUUAAUGACCGUGCAGAACAACUUUCACCUGGGUUGGGUACAUGUGUAUAAACACGGAACCAGCGUCAACAGAACAUGAGAACAAAGGUGUUACAUACAAGCAGAUUAAAACAGCCACACAAACAGCAUCUAAACAGGAACUCUGAUCUUCUGUGGCUUAAGGGAAGGAUUUCUGCCAAGCCAAAGACAGAAUCAAAGCUCGUGGAUAUGAGAAAUGGGAUGAACUCCUCUGGGCAAGGCUGCUCCCUGUCUUCUACCUGUAUUCCUCUCACAUUCAGCUGGUGCUGUCAGAGCUCGCCUGAUGAUGAGUACUAGCAUCUAUAAAGCAUUAUUUCAGGCAAAUUAUUUCUGGGGACAAAACACAGGCCAGGAGAGAGAACUGUGUAUGGAAAAGGAAGACCAAACAGGAAAUGAAUAAUCCCUGAAAAAUAAGACUUCUUCUGGGACACAUCUAUCCUAGAGCAGCUACUUAAAUACAAUAAAAGGACAUAAAGGUUGAGCUGCACACAACUAAAGUAGCAUAACUAAACCAAAAUAAAAUUGCACCUUAUUCAGUGCUGGUUCUGGUUUGCAUGUCUGUUAGCCCCAUGUCUUUUUUGGCUUCUUACUCUGUUUUCUGAAAAAAGCAAUUUCAACUUGCUUCUACCCAGGAGAGGAGUCACAGUUUUGAAGAUGCGAACACCAAGCACAUGACAACAGUUCAGCAGCUCGGGUCAGAAUUACAUUUAUGGUCAGAUUUACAAAGCGCUUCUGAUUAGGACCCUUCGCACUGCCACGAAGAUGCCUGUGCAGAUUCCCUAGCUGGAGAUCUCUUAAACAACAGCAACAGAAGUGGAGAGUAAUAGCAUAAGAAACUGAAAAGCUGGUGUGCUAGCUUCAGUAUUUGAAUAGCAGCACAAAAUAAAAGUAUGGACGCAGGUCUAACCAUCAGUUUACAAACGUGGUGUAUCUACUCUGACAUGAGGCAAGGAGAGUGGUGGAAUGGAACGAGCUUUCCAUAGUACUGACGUUCUCGUUCACCCCUCCUGUUCUCUACUGAUUGAAAUCAGUAGGGAACAAAAGGCAGGAGCAAAAAUACUGUCAGUCAUCACAGUUUUGUGCCAAAUAGGUCUAGUAAAAUUAUUAUUUUUUAUAGGAUUGUUAAUGUGGUUUGUGAUGAUAACAGUUUGAAAUAUUCAGACUUCUCUUAGAUGUUCAGCUUCAUCCUGCACGACAUUCUGUUAAGUGUAUUAAUGGGAUGGAGCAUUAAUGUAGACCUUAUUAAAGGGAUCAAAAAAUCA